UUAUACUGAAGGUCUCUACGGAAGGACUUAAAGCCGAUGUUGAGAGUUUAGCUAGCUGAUGGUGUUAACCAAUUCAGUGCUUUAAUUUCUGUAAUCAUGACGCGUUGUGACUUGUUGGCCUGUAUAUAUCCCGCAGACUGAGUUAUGAGUUUGAAUCUACGUUUUGCUAAUGUCGUUUGUCCUGACGUUAGCUGCAUAGCCAGCUAGCGUUAGCUCUUGGUUGCCUGACAACGCUGAGGAAGCCAAACAAACCGGGCCACAGCUAGCUGGCUAAAGAUAUCCAAAAACUGAUUUCGUCUUUGUUUAUUUUAACAUUUAGUUGUCUGACUGUCGGCUGGCAAACAACAAACGAUGGCGGAUGACGGUAGACGGGGAGAUGACGAUGACCGCGGUCCCGGAGCAGCCCACAAGGUGUUUGUGGUGAUGGAGGGUUUACUCGAGAAGCUGAAGAUGUUAAAUUAUGAGGAGGAAGUUCUGGCCAAACACAACAUGAAGAACCUGUCCAGACAUUAUUUUGUGUCAAGUCCAUACGUGGCAUCCAACCCGGGUGAGCAGUUCUACAUGUUCACCAUCAUCGCAGCGUGGCUCAUCAACGCUGCAGGGAGACCAUUCACUGAGCCUCAGGAGUACGAUGAGCCCAAUGCCACCCUGUCCAACAUCCUGGCAGAGCUCAGGGCUUUCGGUGUUAAGGUGGACUUCCCGCCCUCCAAACUAAAAACUGGCUCGGGUGAAUACGUGUGCCUGGUGUUGGACCGACUGGCUGAGGAGGCUCUGAGGAGGAAGGGCUUUUCCUUCAGAAGACCAAACUACCCAACAGAAACCACAGAAGAAGAGUCUGUGAUAGAGGAUGAUGCCGAGCUCACACUCAGCAAAGUAGAGGAGGAGAUGAUUGAGGAGCCUGAUGAUGAUGAGGAGGAGACUGUGAUGGAUCUGGAGGCUCUGAAGCUACGGACCACUCACACUGAAGCGGAACCAUCCUCUAAACCCGAUGAGAUCCUGGAGUCAACUGUUGAUGCGGCAGAGUGGAAUCUGGAGGUGGAGAGAGUCCUGCCACAGCUCAAGGUCACCAUCAGGACCGACAACAAGGACUGGAGGAUCCAUGUGGACCAGAUGCAUCAACAUCAAGAUGAGAUCAAGUCUUCGCUCAAAGAGGCAAAGAGCUACCUGGACAAACUGCAGGAGGACAUCGGAAAGACUCAGGAGAAGGUGAGCAGCAGAGAGAAAUACAUCAACAACCAGAUGGAUCAUCUGAUCCAGGACUACCGCAGCGCUCUGGCCAAACUCAGCGAGGCUAAGGAGCGCUACCAGCAGGCCAGCGGAGGAGUGACUGAAAGAACCAGAGUCCUGGCAGAGAUCAGUGAGGAGCUGGAGAAAGUGAAGCAGGAGAUGGAGGAGAAAGGCAGCAGCAUGUAUGAUGGAGCUCCGGUGGUGAAGAUCAAGCAGAGUUUGACGAAGCUGAAGCAGGAGAUCAUUUGGAUGGACAAGAGGAUCGGCGUCGUGGAGCAAGCGCUUCUGCAGGCCAAACUCAGAGAGAAGUCCAACAUGACUCGCGACAUGCACGCCACAAACAUCGCCGAGCCUGCCGCCGGUCUCUUCGCUUAGUCUCAGUACUGCAACAGAAACCAGAAUCCACCAGGUUUCAUGCUUUUCUUACUGUAACUUAAGUGUUGAGUCUCAUGAUGCCACAGUCUUAAAGCUUAAUGGAGUCUGACUUAAAAACUGAAAACUAAACUUUAUCUGUGCAGUUCUGCAGCUAUUCAACAUUUAUAGUUGAACAAUUAAUCAGUUUUGUCUUUUGUUGUGAAUAUUUACUGAUUUUAUUUUUUUUUAAAUAUUUAAUACCACUUGUGUACCAGAAAAUAAACACUG